GCCCGGCAGCAUGAACCCGGGGAGCCGCUCCCAUCCGUCCCCGGAGCACGAGAGCGCCAAGCCGGGGGUCACCCGCCCCCACCUGUCCUCGGAAGCCGGCAGCUUCAAGACCGUCGCCCGUCCUGAUCCUUCCCCGGAGGCCGGCGGCGGCGGCGGCGGCGGCUCCAGCCCAUCGGACCGAUUCGGGGUGCUGAGCACCGAGCAGCUCCGGCAGCUGCUGCAGGACGAGGGGAAACUGCAGCGCAUCGUCCGCCUGAGCGAGCAGGCGCAGUCUCUCCAAGAGGAGAGAAGAACCUCUUUGGCCUCUAACUUUGAGCUUGCUCAGAAAAACUUGUCUCUUCGCCCACGUCUGGAGACGGGAAAAGCCAACCUGGCAAUUAAGUACCAGCUGUUGCGCGAGACGUGUGCAUCUUGUCGUGGGAAACUACGAAAAAUCCAGUGCCUCUUGCAGGAAUGUAAUCCACAUGUUGCACUCAGCCACCUGCAGGAGGAGCUGCAGAGCACCGAGGCAGAAUGUGAGCUCUAUAGGUAAAUUCUGAUGACAAGUUCCCUUUGAUGGGAUCAGAAAGGACUGCUCAGUCACCAUGGUCCAAGAUUCCAG